CGCCUCUAUUUCGAACAAUUGCCGUCUGCUUCCCAAUCCUUGACUUUUUGCUCGAAAAUCAAAGACCCGCAUAACGCCACUCGCUUACUGUCCUGCCUGCCUGCGCCGAAACAAAGGGGGGGAAAAGAAGAAGAGGAAGAAAUCAGACGAAGACGAGCGGCAAGCAAGGGAUAGGGCGACAAUAUCCAGGACGGCACAGAACCAAGGGACAAGAGAGGAGGGAACAACACCAUUUCCGUGCUCAAGCAGGGCCGUCAGAUGUGAGGCGCUUUUCUCAAUGGACUCCAAUCUUCAGUCUCACCCGCUCCACCAGCUGGGCCAGCCUCCGUCCCAACUGGUGUCUCAGUUUGAGCAGCCACAUCUUCAGCAGCAGCAGCAGCAUCUCCAGCAGCAAGAUCAACAGCAACACCACCACCAGCAGCGGCUACAGCAGCAGCAGCAGCAGCAGCAGCAGCCGCUCGACUCGGCCAGCUCCGCCCAGGAUGUCCUCGUCGAGGCGCGCAAGAACCUCCAGGUCUUGAUCGAUUCCGGCCUCUCCAAGGACCUCCUCCACCAAUGGGUCGACGACGACAGCUUCUCUCUGCAGCUGUCCUUCCCCGGCCAGCAGUCGCCGCUCUCCCAGAACCUCUCGCCAUCCGCCUCCGCAACCACGCCUCCCGCCUCUGCCUCGACUCCUAUCCCCUCGCCGCUGCUGUCCAACGCCGUUUCCGCAUCUCCCUCGCAUCGCAUCCAGUCGCCUCAGGCAUCCUCUCUCGCGCCGCAUCUCCAUUCCGCGACGCCGCAGAAUCAAAAUCAGAAUCACAACCACAACCACAACCAAAUCGCCCCUCCGCCGGCCGCUUCCGCCGUCCACGGCUCCCCCGUCGCGUCUCUCUCGGCCUCCUCCGCCGCCACCUCUCCCGCCGCCGUCUCCAGCUCCGGCACCAUUGGCACCUCGGCGUCUCCCGGAAACGGUGCGCCGCCGUCCAUCGCCAUUAUCAAAACAGAGCCCUCGUCCUUCGCCGACGAUGUGUCGAGGGCCUGGGCCGCAGCCGCCGUGCUUCCGCAGGCCCCGGUUUCCAUGUCCGGAGCGCCUCCGGCACAGGUUGCUCGCGUCGCCCCGGCUGCCAACAUCGUCAAGUCGGACAAUGCCGCGACCUUCAUCUCGCCCUCGAUGUCAUACCUCCACCACCGUCCGCGCAUCUCCGUCUCCUCCACCAGCUCGGGCUCUUCCGGCCAUGCUUCCCUGUGGUCCGUCAACUCGGCGCGGUCGUCCAUGUCCUGGGCGUCGGCUUCGUCUUCGCGCACCCAGAGUUCGCUGCCCAUGACGCCCGCCUCGUCCUCGUCGGCCAACAAGACCAACAUCUACUGGUGCACGUCGUGCGAGACCAGCUUCAAGCGCAAAUAUGACUGGAAGCGCCACGAGGACGAGUUCCACGAGCGCUGGAGGAAGUAUCCCUGCCCCGAGCCGGGCUGCAAUCGCAGUUUCUGGGGGUCCAACUCGUUCAACCAGCACCACAAGCAGUGCCACGGCUGUAAGACGUGCCCCCAUGCCGAAAAGGUGGUCAAGUUUCUCCGCAAGCGCAAGUACUGGGCAUGCGGCUUCUGCUCUGCCCUUCACCCUGCGCGGGAGCGUCACGUUGAGCAUGUGGCCCGGCAUUUCGAGUCUGGCCUGGGCAAGGCCGAAUGGAUGCACUCGAGGGUCAUCUACGGCCUCCUGCACCAGCCUCUCAUCCACAACGCCUGGGAUGCGCUCGUCUCGACCAAGCAAGCCGAGUUUGGCGGACGCCGGCCCCAGUUCAGUUGGCAUCCAAGCAAGACCGGCCGAGCUCAGGGCUUCCUCGAGAAGGAGAACCCCGGCCAGCUGCAGGAUCUGCUCGAGUUCUUCUCCGGCGACGAGGGCGAGGCCCAGUGGAUUGUCAACAUUGCCUUUGAGCUGUCUGAUAUGGCCUUUGCGACUCCGCAACCGCCGGCUCCUACGCCGUCGCCGCAGCCGCAGUUUGCAGCCAACAUGAUGGCUGCACCGACCAGCUUCCCGCAGCCGCCGCCCCCUCAGCAGCAGCAGCAGCAACAACAACAGCAGGACGCUCGCAUGUCCUUCGCGGCGCUGCCCUCACAGGCGGCUCAGCAGAUGCUGGCAUCUUCCCCCUCGGCCACGUCCAACCCUUUUGGCACUUCGCCUUAUCGGGCCUCGGCCUUUGUCCCCUCGCAGCCAUUCCCGUCACAAAUUCAGCAGCACUCGUCCGACAUGUCAGCAUCCGCUCCGAUGGCUGCCUCGCAGCUUCACCUCGACAAGCGGGAGCUUCCCCCUAUUCCUCAGGGCCACACGCCCUCCAUAACAGACGGCAUGAUGGACUUCGAGUACUCUCCCGCCCCAGUUCUCUUCGAAGAUUGGGAGAGCAUUGCCAGCUCGACCUAUCUCGACACGACGGCAAACCAGCAACAGCAACAGGUCAAUCAGGCUGCCGACUGGGGAAUUGCCCAGUUCUACGGCAACCCAAAUGCCAAUUGA